GGCUCGGCUCGGCUCCUGGGAGUUCUGUCCGCUGCUGCCGGGUCGCGCCGUCGCCGGGCAGGAUGAGUGUGAUAGACCACGUGCGGGACAUGGCGGCCGCGGGGCUGCACUCCAACGUGCGGCUCCUCAGCAGCUUGCUGCUGACCAUGAGUAAUAACAACCCUGAGCUGUUUUCCCCGUCUCAGAAGUACCAGCUUUUGGUUUAUCAUGCUGAUUCCCUCUUUCACGACAAGGAAUACCGAAAUGCCGUUAGUAAAUAUACCAUGGCUUUACAGCAGAAGAAAGCAUUGACUAAAACUUCAAAAGUUCGACCUUCAACUGGAAAUUCUGCAUCUACUCCACAGAGCCAGUGUCUUCCAUCUGAAAUUGAAGUAAAAUACAAAAUGGCGGAGUGUUACACGAUGCUGAAACUAGACAAAGAUGCCAUUGCUAUACUUGAUGGAAUCCCUUCAAGACAGAGAACUCCCAAAAUAAACAUGAUGUUGGCAAACCUGUACAAGAAGGCUGGUCAGGAACGCCCAUCAGUCACCAGCUAUAAGGAGGUCCUGCGGCAAUGCCCUUUGGCCCUUGACGCCAUUCUAGGUUUGUUAUCUCUUUCUGUAAAAGGUGCAGAGGUGGCAUCAAUGACGAUGAAUGUGAUCCAGACUGUGCCCAACCUGGACUGGCUGUCUGUGUGGAUUAAAGCCUAUGCCUUUGUGCACACUGGAGACAACUCAAGAGCAAUCAACACCAUCUGUUCACUAGAGAAAAAAUCCCUACUGCGAGACAACGUGGACCUGCUGGGGAGCUUGGCAGACCUGUACUUCAGAGCAGGAGACAGUAAGAACUCCGUCCUCAAGUUUGAGCAGGCGCAGAUGUUGGAUCCUUAUCUGAUAAAAGGGAUGGAUGUUUACGGCUACCUCCUGGCACGGGAAGGGCGGCUGGAGGAUGUGGAGAACCUUGGCUGCCGCCUUUUCAACAUCUCUGAUCAGCAUGCAGAGCCCUGGGUGGUUUCUGGGUGCCAUAGCUUUUAUAGCAAGCGCUACUCUCGGGCCCUAUACUUGGGCGCCAAGGCCAUUCAACUGAAUAGCAACAGCGUCCAAGCUUUACUACUCAAAGGAGCAGCUCUUAGAAACAUGGGCAGAGUCCAGGAAGCUAUAAUACAUUUUCGGGAGGCCAUAAGGCUUGCACCUUGUCGCUUAGACUGUUAUGAAGGUCUCAUAGAAUGUUACUUAGCUUCUAACAGCAUUCGAGAAGCAAUGGUGAUGGCCAACAAUGUUUACAAAACUCUAGGUGCAAAUGCUCAGACUCUUACCCUGUUAGCCACCGUGUGUCUGGAAGACCCCGUGACACAGGAGAAAGCCAAAACUUUGUUAGAUAAAGCACUGGCCCAGAGGCCAGAUUAUGUCAAGGCUGUGGUGAAGAAAGCGGAGCUGCUCAGCAGGGAACAGAAAUAUGAAGACGGAAUUGCUCUGUUGAGGAAUGCCCUGGCCAAUCAGAGUGACUGUGUCCUGCAUCGGAUCCUAGGGGACUUCCUAGUGGCUGUGAACGAGUACCAGGAAGCAAUGGACCAGUACAGUAUAGCACUGAGUUUGGACCCCAAUGACCAGAAGUCUCUAGAGGGCAUGCAGAAGAUGGAGAAGGAGGAGAGUCCCACGGAUGCCACGCAGGAGGAAGAUGUGGACGACAUGGAAGGGAGUGGGGAAGAAGGGGACCUGGAGGGCAGCGACAGUGAGGCAGCCCAGUGGGCUGAUCAAGAGCAGUGGUUCGGCAUGCAGUAAAGGGCCAGCAGCAGCCCCUGGUGAUUCCUAGACGGAUGCUGUGGAAGGACGCUGUGCUCAUGGCAGGAGUCCCUGCCUGUUUCCUCGCCUUCUAGUCGGGACUUCAGUCUGAUGUCUGUCCUUCCUGCUUUGCUGAGGACUAAGAGGACCCAAGCUACAGGCUCCCAGGCUCUGGGUGGUUCUGAUGUACCCAGCGGAGGAUGCUUUUUCUUUACAUGAAUAGGUUCACGAGACUGACCCAUCCUCCCAAGGACACACUGAGUGGCCCCUGUCAGAGGUGUCUGGUUCUGAGUCACAAUCCUGGGUCCACUACACUGCCUGGUAAUGACGGUGACUGUGCUUUACUGAUGGCAGAGCAGGGCUUGGCCUAGGCUUGGGCAGGUCUGGAAGCAGCAAGAGGGGAGCAUGGCCACACCCAG